AUGCCAGAUAUUCCCGUUGUUGUAUUGGGCGGUGGAGGCGUCGGGAAAAGUUGUCUUACCAUCCAGUACAUCCAAGGCCACUUCGUAGACAAGUAUGAUGCUACCAUCGAGGACGUGUACCGCAAGCCAAUCGAUAUUGACAACGAGCCAGCAGUGCUGACAAUAGUGGAUACGGCUGGCCAAGACGCGUUUGGUGCGAUGCGUGAUCAAUAUCUAAAGAAAGGACAAGGGUUCGUUCUCGUGUAUAGCAUUACUGAUGCCGAGAGUUUUCAGCAGCUUAAGAGAAUUUACGCGCAGCUUCGCCGCGUGAAAGGCGACCAACCGGUUCCUUGCGUGGUUGUGGGGAACAAGAUUGACGAGACGAAUUAUCGGGCUGUAGCCUCAGAGGAGGGCAGUCAGUUUGCCUCGCAGACAAAGUGCCCAUUUCUGGAAGUGACGGCAAAAAACCGGCGGAUGGCGGAGGAAGUCUUCGAGACGCUCGUCCGCACCAUCCGAAGUGGCGGGGCCUCGGCCGCCGAGCACGUGACCGCCAACGGUGCGGGGGCCCCACGCGUUGAGGAGGCGCCGGGUGGUGAGGUGCAGCGUCCACUGUGGGGUGGCGCUGCGCAAGAAAUACAGGCAGCACCAACUCUGCCGCCGCCCGCCCCUGUGAAAAAGAAAAAGAAGAAGAGUAAAUGCAACCUGCUGUAG